GAGCUCUAGUCGUUGGAGAUGAGUCCAGGGGACCCGCGGGCUCGAGUUAUUGGUUUGGAGCAAGUUCUUACCAUCUGAAAGUACUACUGUACUAGCCAAACAAAACACUCAGACAUGAUAAGGUUUUCAAACAGGCACAAAUGCCCGAAAUGUCGCAUUUUUGACUCAUGUUUGGAUUUACUUAAGUUGUGGGGUCUGCAUUGUAGGAUGCACAGGUCACAGAUAAGACCUCAAUGGAAACGAGAUAGGAUUCUUGCACUUAUUCAAGAGUAUAAACUAAGAUGAUCUUUUGACCCUAUUCAGUACUAUUCAGUACAACCAAGCAAUCUGAGAGCAUCGCUGUCUUUGACCCGUGGAAAACCUUUUGUGUGGCCAUCAUUUUGCCAUAGAGAUGACUGGGAACGAUUACUUUAUUCGAUGGAGCCGCCAGUUAAGCCGAGAUGGCCAAUUGAAUCGUCUAGUCAGUCGGGAUUCCAACCCAGGAACUAUGACGUCCAUCGUCGAGAAUGAAGAAGUGGAAACAUUUGCCAACCAUGAAGACGAGGCUUUGGCGAAACCCAGCUACGAUCCAGCCUCGGUUUUGGGCAUCGAGCGAAGGUAUGCACUGGAUGCGGCAGCUCUGUUAGGAGGAAAUGAAUAUCUAGUGUCGGAAAUGCUCGACAAAUUCGGAGAAACUCCCUACACUGAGGUCGAGAAGACGGGAGUGCUUUGGAUGGCCAAGCACCUCUGUCCUAAUGCCAAGUUCCUGGAACGUUUGAAUCAGCCGGAAAGCCUCAACCAGCGCCAUCUCACCAACUUCUUUACGCCCUUUCAUCGAGAGAGAUUGCCUCGGAUAUUGGCCUCUGCUUUGUUGUAUUGCAGCCGAUUUGAGGAUACGGACGUGAUUGAGAAUCUUGAGGAUAAUCAUCAAAGAGCGAUACUGAUCAACAUGAAACAUUAUCCUCAAGUUGAAAUGCCCAUUGGAGAGGUCCAAACUGGAUCGAGUUCCAUGGACAAGCCCGUGCUUUGUGAGCGUGUGGCAUUCAUCUAUUUCCGAUCUGAGGACGACUUUCCGGUUCCGGAGUUCCCCGCUAUCGAAAAGCCUAAAAGUGCAGCGCGAAAAAUCAGUGCCAGUUUGGCACAUGAAAAAAAAAUGUUGUCCAUCAUCAAUGUGUUUGCUAUUUUACCCAUUCCGUAA